CAGUUGUCAGUGCGCAGAGUGGUUAAACGCAUCGCCGAUCGAGUCCCGCUCUGGGAUCGCCCCAUACGCAACCCGUGAAAGUUUGUGGAUACCAGUUUCAGUGGCUUUGUGUACGAUCUAUAUAUGUGAAAUUCAGCGAAAAUCCCACCCUAAAAUAAAAAUCCUCGGACAUCUGGCAGGCUGCCUUUUAGGCGGUUGAUUGCGCAAUGGUUUAUCACCAUCACAACCACGAAAGUCGGAUAAUACACUGCGGAAAACAAUUAACUACCUUACCGAGAAGGAGUCUGCUGUUGACCAGCAUUGUGGUCACAGCAGCAGUGCUCUCACUGAUUUCACAAGAAGCUGAGGCUCACAAUCAGAAUGCACCGCCGAUUCUGUAUGUUCGCGAACGCAACUGGCGCAUUUCGGAGACCGAGAAAGUUGGCCAGAUAAUCGAUAGAGUGCGGGCGGAGGAUCCGGAUGGCGAUGAUCUGAUAUUCGGAAUAGAGCCGCGAUUCAGUCUGCCUGGCGGUGAGAACGAUGCUAGUCCGCCGGAGAAAAUCCCCUUUCAAAUCGAUCGAGAAACGGGAGUGGUCACCCUCAACGAAAGUUUGGUGGGAAGGGCUGGUCAGAACUUUCUCAUCUAUAUAACUGUCACCGAUGGCUCCUAUACGGCAAAGAAUGAGGUCUUCAUCAAUAUCCUGGGCGAGCGGGAGAAUAGCUCCGGCUAUCGACCGCAGACAUCAAUUUCGAACGUGGUGCACAAUAUAUCGCAAUUCCUACCACGUUUCGACCAGCUGCCCGGUGUUCAAUCCAUCCGGAAUGGCCUGCCAAACAGCCGACCAGGAGGCAUUGGAUAUCCACCGGUGCCCCAGAACAAUAUAUUCGGUUCGCCGCCAUUCCACAACUUCUAUCCACCGCCACCGCCACCGAAUAUAAACGGCGUGCGGGAGGAGCAGAGUGCAGAAGAGGAGCAGCCGGAGGAGGAGGAGGUGACCCAUACAACACCGGGCAGAACCAGCUCCACCACGCCGAAGAGUCGCACCAAACUGACGCCGAUAGCUGGCAAUAAUUCAACGAGGGUCGAGUCCGCCAAUCCCGCAGAGACAACGACACCGAGUGGCGGCCAUCACAGUAACAGCACCAGUUCCAUCAACAUUUUCUCCCUCAAGUCCGGCACAAUUCCGAUUGUGGUGACCGUGGGCGGUUUCUUUGCCGCCAUCGCCGUGCUGCUGGCGUACUUGUGCCGCCGACGCCUGUGCGCCAUCAGCAGGACACUCAAGACGAGCAAGGAGAAGGAGGAGCUGGCCAAGAAGUCCAACCAGAGCCAGCUGAGCAGCACGCUGACCGACGACAGCCGCAACUCGAUGGUCAUGCAGCAGUGGCAAGGACCUGUGGCCUUCGCCAAUCGCUAUGUUCCUUGGGAGCGGGAUCAGCAGAUGGGCAUUGCAACGUCCCAGUUAUCAACAGGUGUCACCAGUGGCGCGGACUCCUCCGCCGGAGUGCCCAGUGCCGGGACAGGUGAGCCGGGCACCAAUCUGGGUCCGGGCUGCCUGACAGGUGGAGCAGGAAGUUCCGGCGCCACGGAGAACGCUUUUGCCGGCGAGGCCAACGGCGACCGCUGGGAAUUCCCCAGAUACCGAUUGAAGUUCUUCAAUAUUUUGGGCGAGGGAGCCUUCGGACAAGUUUGGCGCUGCGAGGCCACCAACAUAAAUGGCACCGAAGGCAUUACAACAGUGGCUGUGAAGACUCUAAAGGAAAGUGCCACCGAAGUGGAUCGCAAGGACCUUCUAUCCGAACUGGAGGUAAUGAAGUCGCUGGAGCCACACAUCAAUGUUGUGCACUUGCUGGGCUGCUGCACGGACAAGGAUCCCACAUUCGUGAUUCUGGAGUACGUGAAUCGGGGAAAACUACAAACCUAUCUACGCAGCUCACGCGCCGAAAGGCACUAUGGAAAUACUCAUGGAAAGUCAAAUGUACUAACGUCCUGCGACCUAACAUCCUUUAUGUACCAAGUAGCCAAGGGAAUGGAAUACCUAACAUCUCGUGGGAUUAUCCAUCGCGACUUGGCUGCCCGGAAUAUUCUCAUCACCGAUGAUCACACGUGCAAAGUGGCGGACUUUGGCUUCGCCAGAGAUGUAAUCACCUCGAAGAUUUAUGAAAGGAAAAGCGAGGGCAAGCUGCCCAUCAGAUGGAUGGCUACAGAGUCACUAUACGACAAUAUAUUCUCCGUAAAGUCGGAUAUCUGGAGCUUCGGCAUACUGAUGUGGGAAAUUGUGACCCUGGGAUCGACGCCCUAUCCUGGCAUAUCCGCAGCAGAUGUGAUGCGAAAGGUAAGGGAUGGGUAUCGCUUGGAGAAGCCGGAGCACUGUCGUCGCGAGCUGUACAACAUCAUGUACUACUGCUGGUCCCACGAUCCCCAGGAGCGUCCUUUGUUUGCGGAAAUAAUCCAGAUGCUGGACAAGCUGCUGCACACGGAGAUGGAUUACAUCGAACUCGAGCGCUUCCCCGAUCACAACUACUACAACAUCGUUAGUCUAAGUGGUGAAAAGUUGUAGGUCUACUCAAUUCACUGAACCCGAACCCCAAGAGCUUUAUUACCUCCAAAUGACUUUGAGAUCCCCUUUGGGAUCUAAUUGCAGUCCUGGCUCAGUAAGUUGAUACUCUUACUUGCGAGAAAGGGGUUUACACUGCCAUUACGAGUCGCACUGCAAGUGAAUGUGAGUGCAACUGUAUCUUUUGGAUAUCUGACAAGUCUGAGUGCCAAAGUGUGAGCUUCGGAUGUGAGAUGUACUUGUACCAUACGAAAGGGUUGAAUUCAAAGGCAGUUGUAAUUCCUCUUAAAUUCCAAGUUGAUUGCACAUGCAUGAGUGUGUGCGUUCGCGUUUUAUUUAUUUGACUUGUAUUAUGUACUUAAUUUAUCGACCGUGUAUAGAGUUAUAUGUGUAAUUUAUAUUAUUGUUAAACCGAAAGUGAACUAUAAAUAUAUACCUAAAACAGA